AGCAGAAGCAAUUUCAAUCACCAUGUCUAGCAUUAAAGCAAUGGUUGUAAUAGCAAUAUUACUAUUAUGGGAUGUUAUUUCUUUGUCCCAUAACACUGCUGCCACCAUAGCAGAAGAGAAACAUGCUCUACUUGAAAGCAGAUGGUGGAAUACUAGCCAUGAUGCCACGUGUUGCUGCACAACAGCCUCGACUUGGAGAUCUUAACUUCACUGCAUUUUCCAAUCUGAAAAUUUUAUCUCUCAUUGGAAUGAGGCUGACAGGUACCAUUCUGACUCAAAUAGGAGCUCUACGGAAUCUCAUUCAUCUAAACUUGGCAUACAACGACCUUGUUGGUGAGUUACCUUCCAGCCUUAUCAACCUCACUCGGUUAGAAUCGUUGGAUUUGACAGGAAACAGUUAAGUGGAUCUAUUCCCUCAAAUUUGGGUUUUUUUAUUUAAUCUCCAGAACUUAUUUUUGAACUCAAACUUGCUCACUGGUGAGAUCCCUCCUUCAAUUUUAAAUUUGACAAAAUUGACAGUGAUUGAGUUAUCUCGAAAUCAAAUCAUUGGUUUCAUACCCCAUCAUAUUGAAAAAUUGACAAAUUUAAUGGGUUUGGAUUUGAGUUACAAUAACAUAUCUGGUCCUAUUCCUCCGUCUUUAAACUUGACUCAGUAAAUCUUGAUGUUUCUAACAACUUUAUUACUGGGAUGCUUCCUUGUUCCUUGAGUCAAUUAAAGAACCUUUCCACCCUGCGCUUGCAUGUGAAUGAGAUCUAUGGAUCUAUUCCUUUAUGUGUGGGUCACAUGACCAAUCUCAAAAGAAUCCAGCUUUCUGAUAAUAAACUUUAUGGCCAGUUACCUAUCAAGCUUCAAAAUCUCACUCUACUCAAUUAUCUAGAUUUGAGUUUAAACAAGCUUGCCGGAUCCAUUCCUUCAUCUUUGGGUUUUUUAACUUCCCUCUCCUAUCUGAAUCUGUCAUCAAAUAUGUUCACUGGCAAAAUCCCUUCUUCAAUCUCAAAUUUGGCAUAUUUAGAGGUGCUUGAUGUUUCCCAAAAUCAAAUAAGUGGUUUCAUACCCAAACGUGCUAUUCAAAACCUAGGAAAUUUGAAAACUUUAGAUCUGUCAAAGAACAAGAUAUGUGGUAACAUACCAAAAGAGAUUGGACAUCUCUAUAGCCUUCAAACUCUAGAUCUCUCCCAAAAUAAGCUGAUUGGUAAUAUGCCAUUCUUUCACAACCAGCUUUAUUUUAUUGGUAACUUUAGUCACAACGACAUUAAUGGAGAGCUAUCAUCUAGCUUAUGCCUUUACCCAGCAAGUUGUCGCCUUGAUUUGAGUCACAACAAAAUCACUGGCAGCAUACAUAAAGAACUUGUCAAGAUGCAAUACAUCAACUUGGCAUACAAUCUUCUUAGCGGCUAUGUUCCAAGUGAAGUUUAUAGCUUCUUCCCUCAUGACAUAUUCAAGGGUAAUAAAGAAUUACUUUGUCCAGAUCAGGAGAUUUGGUUUUCUUCGUCAAAAAGUAAAAAGUCUUCUUUGACGUUCAUUCUUCCUAUGACAAUUGCUUCUGCCUCCAUAUCCAUCUUGGGUUUCAUCCUUUUAGUAUGGUCCAUCCAAAAAAACAAGAAACCCAAAAUCAAGAGAAACGUGAUAAAAAAUGGAGAUUUGUUUUCAAUAUUGAAUUUUGAUGGCAAAAUUGCAUAUGAAGACAUUAUUGAAGCAACUGAGGACUUUGAUAUCAAACAUUGUAUUGCAACUUGUGCAUAUGGAAGUGUUUAUAAGGCACAACUUCCUAGUGGACGGAUUGUGGCUGUGAAAAAACUUCAUGAAAGAGUAAUAUCUGAAGACCCAUCUUUUACUAAGAGUUUCAAAAAUGAAGUACAAAUGCUGACUGAAAUUCGACAUCGCAACAUUGUAAAACUCCAUGGUUUUUGUUUGCACAAUCGUCACAUGUUCCUCAUCUAUGAAUACAUGGAAAGGCGAAGCCUCUUUUAUGUAUUGAGUAACAAUGAUGAAGCAAAAGAAUUGGACUGGAGUAAGAGGGUGAAUACCAUUAAAGGAAUGGCCAAUGCAUUAUUCUAUAUGCAUCAUGAUUGUAGUCCUCCAAUUAUCCACCGUGACAUAACAAGUAACAAUGUAUUAUUCAACUCUAAUAUAGAGGCUUUUAUCUCAGAUUUUGGCACAGCUAGAAUUCUUGAUCUUGAGUCAUCCAAUCAAACUCUUUUAAUUGGUACCUAUGGUUAUAUUGCUCCAGAGCAAGCAUAUACCUUGGUCGUGACUGAAAAAUGUGAUGUCUAUAGUUUUGUAGUAGUGGUAUUAGAAAUCAUCAUUGGAAAGCAUCCUGGAGAUUUGAUAUUGUAUUUGUCAGAGGACAAUACUGAAAGCAUUUUCUUAAAGGAUAUCUUGGACCCACGUCUUCCACUUCCCUUGCGAAAAGAUGCAAAAGAUUUGAUUCUUUCAAUCACAGUAGCAUUAGCGUGCCUACAUCCCUCGUCAAAAUCUCGACCAUCAAUGAAGCAAGUCACUCAAACUCUCUCGUUCUCCAAGUUGCAACUAGCCACUCCUUUCAAUGGCAUUUCAUUCAAACAUUUAAUGAACCAAGACAUAUAAAUUUGUUAGUAGAAAGCAGGGAGAGACUUGUUAGUAGUGAUGUGCUAUAGGCUAAUCCUUUGCAGAUAGAUAUUGUGUUUUCUUUUUAGAGUUGUAUUGUCAUUAUUAUUAUGGUUCAUGUUUACUUUAUACUACCAUAAAUAACUU